AUGCCCCAUCUGAAGGUCCGCGAUGUCGAUCGCAAGCCAUACAGACAGAUGCUCCCGCGUGUGCUGUUCAAUCAGUGUUUCAUUCUGCUGCCAAGCAUGAUGCUCGUCCAAGCAAUGGGCUACUGUUUUGUGGGACCAACGCACCUGCACCCCCUACGCUUCCUCCUGUCACUUCUGGCUAUGGCCGUCGGUCAUGACGUGGUGCAAUACGUCACGCAUCGGUAUCUGCUCCAUAAUCCGAACCUGCGACUUAUGCGCCUGCUGCAGCACUCGUUGCAUCAUUCGACAGGAGCCAGUCGGGGAAUCAGCGCAUGUUACAUGUCCGCUCCAGACUUCUUCCUCGAGAUCGUUCUGCCGUAUCUCGUCCCUCUUGCGCUGGUGGGAGGCGGCGGCGCAGAUCUCCUCUUCCAUUCGCUUGUUGCCGGGUCUGGGGCUCUAGGGGGCGUUUAUGAGCACUCGGGGUACGAUUUCUCCGCACUUUUCUCACCAGAGAACUGUAUGGGAGGGAAAGGACCGUGGCCGAGCUGGACUGCAAAGGUUGCCGCCUUGAUCCGGGGCUUUGUCGCUAACCGCGCUCAUGGAGAGCAUCAUUCUCGUGCGAAUGUCUCAUUCUCCGAUGGGUUUGGCAGCCCGGGAAUUUGCGACACCUAUUUUGGCACGCGCUGGGAUCUGGUGGCUGCGCGUCGGGCGGCAGCAGAGAAGGAGUGGCAGGCUCAACGGAGUAGCCAUAUGAACGCAAAAUGA